AUGGUCGAUGCGCUUGUUCUAGCAUUCGACAACCAGAAGUCGAAGUGGCUUAUUAUCAAGGUACAUCUUGUCUCGCACCUGCCACCGACGAUCCGUGCACGGGGAUUGCCACAGGAGUACUCGUCGAACCGGUACGAGCAGUCCCACAAGACAACAGUGAAGCGCCCUUCCCGCGGCACCAACUGGAAGGGUGUGGAAGAUCGAAUUGUGAAGAAGCAUAUCGAGCAGGCCGUUGUUCGACAGCUGUCACGGGCUUCCGGCGGGGACAAAACCUACGAGACAGCCAUGAAGGAGGCUUGCACGCUUGGGCGUCGGGUGCUGACUAAGACACACAAGAAGAUGACCGUGGGGCAGAUCACGGAUGGUGUGUUCAGGAGCUAUGUCCUUGUUCACGGAGAUGAAGCGAUGGGCUACUUGAAGAAGCGGCUGGCCAGGGAGGGAAUCCACGACCAAGUGCUAAAUGUGAGAAUCAAUAGGGUGCUCAAUGCUGUCCCCCUUGCCACUGCCACGUAG